UCCGCCUGUGCAGCGCUUUAUUUUCGCUCAAACUGACGCCGCAACCUGGAACUGUUCGGAUCAGAGCAGAGAGAGACAGAGGAAUUAUUUUAUUUAUGACCGGGCUAAAUAUAGUUAAAACUCCUUUUUUGUUGUUGUUGUUUUGAGCAGCAGCAGGACAUCUCGUGUGUGUGACCAUGUGGGGAUGAAGAAGUGCUGCUGCUGAGUUUUGUUAGGUUUCUCCGGGGCGGUGCAGCUACUGCUGCUGAUUAUCAUCCUGCUGCUGUCAUGGGUUUCUGGGAGUGACAUCAAAGUUUUUUAGGGGAUGAUUUUACUCGCUUUAAAUAUUCCAUCGUAGGCUCAGGCUCCAAACCGGCUCUGUUUACCAGGUUUAAGUUCAAUUUUUGCGAUUUUUUUUGGCGAUUGGCAAUUUGAUUUAAUUGCUUAAUUUGAGUGGACUGUAAAGAGGCUGCAGACUACAGAGGAUCUGACAUCGGGAGAGUGUGGAGAUGAACUUUGGGCAUUUACUACUUGUGACUGUCUCAUUUAUCACCAUCACAUCAGGGUCCCGGGCGCGGUUUGAAGACAGCACACCUCGGAUCGUGGAGGACCCCUCGGAUUUGAUUGUCUCCAAGGGGGAGCCUGCCACCCUCAACUGCAAGGCAGAGGGCAGACCCGCUCCCAGUAUAGAGUGGUAUAAGGAUGGCGAGCGGGUGGAGACGGACAAAGAUGACCCCCGUUCUCACCGCAUGCUCCUGCCCAGCGGCUCCCUCUUCUUCCUGCGCAUCGUACACGGGCGCCGGAGCAAACCAGAUGAAGGCGUCUACACCUGUGUGGCCCGCAACUACCUGGGAGAGGCCAUUAGUCGUAAUGCUUCACUGGAUGUUGCCAUCCUUAGAGAUGAUUUCCGGCAGGCCCCGAGCGAUGUGGUGGUGGCUGCUGGUGAGCCUGCUGUGUUAGAGUGUGUGCCUCCACGUGGUCACCCUGAGCCCACUGUGUCCUGGAAACGCAACAACGUCCGAGUCAGCACCAAGGAUGAUCGCAUCUCUAUGCGUGGGGGCAAACUGAUGAUCUCUCACACCAGGAAGAACGAUGCUGGCAUGUAUGUUUGUGUGGGAACAAAUAUGGUCGGAGAGAGGGACAGCGAUCCUGCAGAGCUGGUGGUGUACGAACGGCCUGUGUUGGUACGAAGGCCGGUGAACCAGGUGGUCAUGGAGGAAGAGACUGUCGACUUCCUGUGUGAGGUCCAUGGAGAUCCCGCCCCCACUGUUCGAUGGCGCAGAGAGGAAGGGGAGCUUCCUCGUGGGAGGUUUGAAAUCCGCAAUGGCAACAGCCUCCGUUUGUUCCGCGUGAAAGAGCAGGAUGAAGGGACAUAUACCUGUACAUCUGAGAACAGUGUGGGCAAGACAGAGGCCUCAGCCAUGUUGCAGGUCCAUGUACCACCUCAGAUUGCCUCGAAGCCCCGAGACCAGAUUGCCACCCAGGGGAGGAGCAUCACCUUCCAAUGCGGCACUACAGGAAACCCUCCACCUGCCAUCUUCUGGCAGAAAGAGGGCAGCCAGAUGUUGUUGUUUCCCGGCCAACCACCAUCACAGUCUGGCCGUUACUCUGUCUCCAUGAGCGGAGAACUGACCAUUACUGAUGUUCAUCCCGAGGACUCUGGUUUCUACAUCUGCCAGGCCAUCAGUGUAGCAGGAAGCGUGCUGACCAAGGCGCUGCUGGAGGUAGAGGGAGGUCCUUCGGGUCGUGUCCCGCCGAUUAUUCGCCAAGGCCCGGCCAAUCAGACUGUGUCUCGGGGUGCGAUGGCGCAGCUGCACUGCCGUGUAAUCGGAGGGCCCUCAGCCAAGAUUUCAUGGGAGAAGGAUGGAGAGAGACUUCAGGGAAAUAAACCUCGACUGACCUUGAUGGAGAACGGCACUUUGCAAAUCACAGACAUACAGGACACAGACUCUGGGAUGUACACGUGCAUGGUAUCCAGCGCCACAGGGGAAUCGAGCUGGAGUGGGAUGUUGACUGUCAGAGCAGAUGGAGUUUCUUCAGUAUCCAAAGUUUCUGAGUUCAUCCAGCUUCCAGGGCCUCCGCAGAAGCCUGUUGUGACGGAGGUGACCAAAAACACUGUCACCCUCACAUGGCAGUCCAACCCUCACGAAGGUGGGGCUGCUGUCACCUCCUACAUCAUCGAGGCCUUCAGCCAAUCAGUGGGUAGCACCUGGCAAACAGUGGCAGACCACGUGAAGCAGGAGAGGCACACGGUUGUCGGACUCUUCCCCAACACUGUUUAUCUCUUUAUUGUCCGAGCAGUCAACUCUUACGGCCUCAGUGACCCCAGCCCGAUCUCUGAGCCUGUCAGGACGCAGGAUGGGAGUCCUACAGAACAGGGUGUGGACCACAGACAGGUGCAGAGAGAAUUAGGAGAGGUGUCUGUCUACCUGCAGAAGCCUGUGGUUCUGUCUCCUACCAGCGCCAAGAUUUCUUGGACUGUCGCCCUUCAGUCUCGCUACAUUCAGGGUUAUCGUAUAUUUUACCGGACUAUCGGCAGCUCCUGGUUGGUCCAGGAUGUGGAGGCCACGUCUGACCAUAGCACUAUUUUAGUAGAUCUUCACAGCAAUACAGAGUAUGAGGUCAAGAUACGCCCUUACUUCAAUGAGUUACAGGGACAUGACAGCCUUAUGGUUCUGCUGCGUACACCUGAGGAGGUUAUAAGUGCACCUCCACAGGCUGUAUCCGUGGUUCAGCUCACCAACAGCUCCAGUAUCAGUGUGUCCUGGGAGCCUCCGCCUCAUAAUACUCAGAGUGGCAUCAUUCGGGAGUACAAGGUCUGGUGUCUAGGCAGGAGCAUGGAGCAGGAGGACCAUAUAAACCGAACAGUGGACGGAGCAGUUCUGUCCAUCCUGAUUACAGGCCUGCUGCCUGACGUCCGCUACACCGUCUUGGUGGCUGCUGUCACCAGCCUGGGUGUGGGCGCUCAAAGCCCACCUGUCAGCCUGCUUCUCACUCUCCCACCAGACAAGACUUCAACGGCCGUGAAAAAAGGUGGUAACAUCAGCAUUUCAGAGCAGAUCACAGGUGUAGUCCGCCAGCCAGCCUUCAUCGCAGGACUGGGCGUGGCUGCGUGGUUGGUGCUGAUGGGCUUCACUGGUUGGCUGUACUGUCGACACCGCAGGAGGAAGCAGCUGGGACACUAUACCACAUCCUUCGCAUACACACCAGCAGUUGGUUUUGCUCAUGGUGAAGGAUCUGGAAUCAUCAAUGGAGGGCCUGGCUUAUUAGGAUCAAAUAUGGGCAACUACCCCUGGCUAGCUGACUCUUGGCCCACUCCAAAUCUCGCUCAUAACAGCAAAGAGUCUGUCAACUGCUGCUCUGGGAAACUGGACUCAGACAGAUAUUAUAACGCAGUUGGUAUCGUCAACUACCCGAACCAGUCAGAGAAACACAGCACAGCGUCCAACGACAGUCCCAUCUACAGCACCAUCAACACAGCUGCUGAGGACGACCUGCUGGCGUACUACGACACCUAUUCGAGUACGUCCUACACCCAGGGUCCAGACCCGUACAGCAGCAACCCAGUACUGUCAAAUAAUGGCCUUGUGGGUCUGGAGCAGGACCUGGACCAGUGGACCAUCCAGUCUGGUCACUCUGGGUCUGAAUAUGCCAAGCUCCAGUACACCAAGAAAAGCAGUGAUAAACUGAAAAAGCAGAGGUCCACCGGAUCCUCGUCUAAGUCAGCCCCUCUCACCUGGGUGGAUGUUUUGUCACUGCCUCUUCCUGCCAACACAGACAGAAGUCAUACAAAGACAGGAAAAGAAGAAGAGCAGCACAGCUCUGAGGAGGAAGAUGAAGACUGGUGUCCCCCGCUGCCUGCCAGAACCUACCUGAUGGACACUUCAAGGGAGGAACUCUCAAGCCUUCCCUCCAAACCAGACGAGCCGUCAACGACAAUAACACUGACGUCCCCCCUCCAGCGAGACACACACAAGCCCAGCGACAGUCCACGGCUACAGCAUUUUGACCUCUUGGCCCGUCACCAUUCAAGCUCCCUGGUCUCUCAGUCAAACCCAGAUCUUUUUACAAAUGCCAAUGAGGUGUACCACACCCGCCAAUGGGCAGAAGAUUUCAAGGGGGAAAGCCUCAGCAAAGGACAAUCUGCGGCUCCUGCUGCCGAGUUGAGCCCCGCAGCCCAGGCGCACAGAUCCAGAAGUAAGAAGAAAACUCCAAAGGAUGGACAACACAGGAGAGAGCUACACAGCCAAGCAGAAAUUCCCCCUUCACCAGCCCCUCCCACUACAGAUGAUUCCCUGCAGCUCUUGGCUGAUGUUUUGAGCCGCAGCCAAACCGACAGCGAAAGAAAAGAGGGGAGCGAUUUGCCUACUUUUCAGAAGAGGGGAGAACAUUUCUCACCCCAAAGGAGAGGAACUACAAAGUGGUCGUCACAGGAUGAAAACGUAAUCCCGUAUGGACAGUCCAGUUUCCUGCCCAACGUCCAGAUGUCAGGCUAUGGGUCCCUGGGUGGAGGAGUCUUUUCACGACCCUCCACCGCUGGCCGAAGGAAAGAUGAGAACCUCAUAUAGACAGACGGCGAUAACAUGACCUGACAAGCUCCUUUUUCCACCAUGAUUUCCUGUCUAUGCGAACCACCAAUCUGUUGCCAUGGUAUCUUAUGAAAAACUGAAGACUAAAGGGAAAGAGUUGAGUCUAGCCAUCUGCCUUUUCACAAACUAUUUUUAUUUAAUCUUAAUAAUUUAUUUUGUGUGAUUUGCUUCACCCUUUCUCCAUGUAUAUAGACAUAUUUGCAAUUUUUUAAAGAUGUGAUCAGAUAUAUUACUGAAAAAGGAUCCGGAGUUUAAAAGAUACGGCUAUUUUUAGGCAAUGGGAAGUAAAUGUAACUAUGACAUUAAUGUACAGCAGAUUAAUGAAUGUAUCUUCUGUUUACUCCUGACCAUGAAAUCAUGAUGUGUGUGUCUGACGGAAGACUGGAGAAGACAUGAGGCAGAAAAUGUGUUUAAUAAACCACGUGGGUGUGUGUCAGUGCAUGUGUAGUGUUUGUGUGUAUUACUGUUUUUAUCUCUCAUCUGUGUGUGACUGUGUUCUGUGGUUUCCCUGUAGAUCACCAGUCUGUUAGUUCUGUCAAGAUUUUUAAACCAAAUAAAACAUUUAUUACAAAAACA